UCACCACCAAACCAACAAGUAAAGAAAUAAAAUUUAGCAUUUUCUCUCUCUGGGUUUCUAAUUACCUCGAUCGACCAUGGAUCCUAAAGUCUCUGCCUUUAUGGUUUUACUUUCACUGGCGGUGGCUGCCGUUGCGUAUGAUCCCGACAUGCUCCAAGAUCUUUGCGUCGCGGAUCCCAGUUCAGGGACGAAGGUGAAUGGGUUCCCAUGCAAGCCGGAGACGAACGCGACGGCGUCGGAUUUCUUCUUCGCCGGGAUAGCCAAAGCCGCCGUCGUAAACAACACGAUGGGGUCCGCCGUGACGGGAGCCAACGUGGAGAAGAUCCCGGGGCUCAACACACUCGGCGUCUCGCUGGCGCGUAUAGACUACGCGCCGGGAGGGCUGAACCCGCCGCACACGCACCCACGCGCCACAGAGGUCAUAUUCGUGGUGGAGGGAGAGCUCGACGUCGGGUUCAUAACGACGGGGAACAAGCUGUUCGCGAAGACGGUGAAGAAAGGAGAGGUGUUCGUAUUCCCGAGAGGGCUCGUCCAUUUCCAGAAGAACAACGACUUGAAGAAUCCGGCGUCGGUGAUAUCGGCCUUCAACAGUCAGUUGCCGGGGACUCAGUCGAUAGCCGCGACGCUUUUCACGGCGACUCCUCCGGUGCCGGAAAACGUUCUGACGACGGCGUUCCAGAUUGGGAAUAAGGAGGUGGAGAAGAUCAAGUCCAAGCUUGCUCCCAAGAAGAGUUGAAUGAUGAAAGGUUGGUAAUGGUUACACGUAAGUGAAUUGAAGGAGAAGUUUUAUUUUACAAAUACUUUUACCAAAUGGUUGAUCACAUUUGAUUUGAUUUUGCAACGUUGAAUAAAGUGGGUUCCUUUCAGUAUUUAAUUCCUCAGUAUCUUUGGUUUAAUUCGUGUACUGUUGUCGAAGGAUAUGUAUAUGUAUCUAUACCAUUUCUGUCUAGUAAAAUAAAUUUAAUUUUAGCAUA